AUGGCGAGCGCAAAGCAGCAGGAGAAUAUGCUCCUUACCGAGCACUUUACUUGGCCUCCGAUUUCCCUAAUCGACGACAUCAUCAACGCCGUCAACGAAGUCCUCUACCGCUGUACCGACUCCUUCGAAACCGGCCUCGCAUCCGCGGACCCAGCUCUACUCGGCUUCGCAGACCUCUACGCCUCGCAAGGUCGCACACCACAGAAAGAUGAAGAUGGCAACAAUGUGUAUCCCGAGGCGCGACUAGAGAUUGAAGAGGGAGUCUUGAAACUCGAGACACUUAUGGAAAAUGCAGUGGACAAGAACUUUGACAAGUUGGAGAUUUGGACACUGAGAAAUGUGUUUGCGCUUGGAAGAGGAAAAGGCGAAGAUGAAGGACUAGGAGAUUGGGUUAGGUUAGGACAUUACGAAAACCUCCAACCCCCCUCAAAAGACACCACCCUAACCCCCGAAUUCCUCUACACCCUCCGCCGCAAACUCCUCGAAACACGCACUCUGCACGCCGCCCUCGUCGCAGAAAAAGCCCGCAACGAAGCCCAAAUCGCGCGCCUAAAAUCCCUCCUCAGUCCCCCUUCUUCUUCUUCCGUGCCUCCAAAGCGCGAAACACGCAGCUCAACAACAACCACAGUCCCAGAAUCCGCAAGCAACACCGACACGACAACCGCCCCAUUCGCCUUCCUCACCUCAACCCCCGCAGCACAAGCCCUAGGCAUCACCUCCAACCCCCCUUCAACAAACGAAAAAGCCGCAACCACUACCUCCCCGCCCUUGACUACACACACCACUUUCACAACAACCCAGCUCCCAUACCUCCGCCAACUCGUUGCAUCGCUGAAACCCCAUCUCGCAUCUACCUCUACCUCUUCUACCUCCUCUGCAGCAAAUGCAACAGAAGCAUCACAAGACCGCAGUGCCCAGCGUAGACUCUACAUCGAAGCUCAGUCUAAACGCGUGCUGGAGCGCAGAGGAGUCGAUACAAUGGAUGGGGUUGAAGGGGCAUGGGAGCUUGGUGGGACGAGGGUUAGGGGCGAGGAAGUUAGGGGGUUGGAAGGCUUGUUUCCUGCGAAGGAAAAGGAAAAGGAAGGGGAAGGGGAAGGGGAAGGGGAGAAGAUGGAUUUGAGUUGA